AUGGACAGCGCAGAACCGCCACGCAGGCUCAGGGUGCUCUCGCUCAACUGCUGGGGGUUGUGGAUCGUCGCCGACAAGCGCAAACAGCGCCUCGAGGCCAUCGCAGACUGGAUCGCUCACUCGGCCGACCCGCAACCUCGAGCCCGCUCGUCGUACCACUCGGACGCCAGCGACGAGGCCGCAACCGGUCGACCCGGCGGCUACGACGUCGUCGCCCUCCAAGAGCUGUGGGUCCGCAGCGACUACGACCUCGUCGCAGAACGCGCAAAGCAGGCCGGCUUGAUCCACAGCCGCUUCUUCUACAGCGGCGCCAUCGGCUCGGGCCUCGCCAUCCUGUCGCGCCACCCGAUCGUCUCGGCCUUUGUCUCGCCGUACCCGCUCAACGGCUUCCCGCUCCACUUCAUCGAGGGCGACUUCUUCGCCGGCAAGGCCGUGUGCGGCACCACGCUCGACAUCGACGGCGUCGGCAAGGUCGACGUCCUCAACACGCACAUGUACGCCCCAGGUGGCGAGGGCGACAACGUGACGGGCGCGCACCGUGUCGCACAAGCCUGGGAGCUUGCCCGCAUCACGACCGAGAAGGCCGAGCGAGGGCGGCACGUUCUCGUCACUGGCGACUUCAACUCGCAGCCGCACUCGGUCAUCAUGAAGAUGAUCCAGACGCACGGUUCGCUGCGCGACGCGUGGGCCGACACGCACGCCGAGCCGCCGUCCAUCACGUCGGCGCAGCACCGUGCCCUGUCGCCCGCCGAGGUCAUGACGACGCACGGCAUCACGUGCGACUCGCCGCUCAACACGUACAGCGCGGCCAAGUUGCGCAAGCGCAGCCCGGCCGACGAGGUCCACCUUCGAGGCGGCAAGCGCCUCGACUACUUCCUGUACCGCUCGCCGGCCGACGCGCCGUGGCAGCUCACGCCCGAGUCGUGCGACGUCGCCCUCACCGAGCCCGUGCCGCACCUCGGCGUGUCGUACUCGGACCACUUUGCCGUCGACGCCACGUUCGCCUUCUCGCGCGAGCGCCAGCUCCUCCCCGACCCGCUCACGCCCGACCUCCUGUCGCCGGCCCUGUCGACCCUCCACGCGGCGUACCGCGCCUCGGUCGCCUCGUCGCGCACCCAGCUGCGCGUCUUUGCGUCGUGCGUCCUCGCCGCCGUCGCCCUCAUCGUCACGUCGUCGUUCGAGCCCCUGCGCGCCCUCAACUGGCUCUGGGUCCUCCUCGGCGUCGUCGCCGGCGCAGCGGGCGCCACGUUCCUCUACACGGGCUUUGUCGGAGGGAGCUGGGAGGCCGGCCAGCUGCGGAACGUCAUUGUCGAGAUGGAGGCCGAGCUGAACCGGAUCCGGAUCGCGAGGGUCGACGAGCGGCACAGCGUCGAGGUCGAGGACGUCGGGUGGGGCAGGUAG